AUGACGAGAGAGCGAGUUGGUAGCAUUUCCUGCCAUUUAUCUUGUCGUGUGCCAUCUGUGGCCAUCUGUGUCGCUUGCAAUCGCCAUUUUUGCUGGGAUCAUUUUUGUGAACAUCGUAAAAUCUAUGGAAAAUAUGUGGAUGAUGCUUGUAAUCAUCAGCAACCUUUAUCCAAAUGUUUGGUCGAAUUUGAACAUAUUGAAAACAAACUUCGUUCGAGUAUCGAUAAUUGGGAACGACAAGCAAUUGAAGAUACUCAUCAAUCAGCUGACGAUGCUAGAAGGACACUUGAAAAUCAUAUAAAACAUUAUCGAUCUCAUUUUGAGGAAGAAUCAUCGACUAUAAUAGAUAAUAGAUCAAUAAAUCAAGAUGCUCAAUUAAUUCAAUUAGAAAAAUUACACAAUGAAUAUGGUCAUGCAUUGGAAAAUAUACAUCUUGUUCAACAUUAUGAUCGAAAACGUACAUUAGAAAUUGAAACAACAAGUCCAAUAAAAGAAAGCUUCGCGUCAAACUCAUGGAAUGACGUGUCAACCAUUUGCAGUCCCGAUAUGCCCAAGACAAGAUUAGGCAAACGCCUUAUCGAGAAACCUCUAGCAGAAAGCUCUGUAGGCAACUAUUGGGCAAUAGGUGCUUCAGAUGAAUAUUUACUGGCACAAGAGUAUGAAAAUAAACAAUUAACAUUGUUUGAUAGACAUGGUAGACGUGGUAUUUCAAUGACCUGGCACUAUGAUGUAGUGAUUCGUGACAUUCAAUGGAAUCAUGAUCUACGAAAAUUCUUCAUUUUACUCGAUAAAAAACUCAUUCUUUUCAAUCCAGUGACUCGACUAUUUCAAGAAAUCACUCAAAUAACACCUUAUCAAUCGAAUACUUUUCGUCGAUGUACUUGUAGAAAUGAUCGUCUAUUCAUUUCCUAUUGGUGUCAGGAAAGUGCCAUAGAGUUAAUUCAGAUUAGUUCUUGGAGUUGUCAGCAACGAUGGUGGAGUCCUGUAACAUGUCGUGCAAAUGAAUUUAUCACAUGCAUUCAACUCAAUUCAAAAGAUCAACUUGCUUUGAGUAUUCAAGAUGAAAAUAAUCCACUCAAUCGACAAUUUCGAUUCGAACUUCGUGAUCUCACUCUUAAUAUUCUACGUACUAUUUCUCUCAAUACGGAGGCAGGUAUUUUCUCACGUAUGACUCCAUUACCUGAUGGUUACUGGGCUUUAUUGAAUGUGGAUAACAAUUUAGUUUUUAUUCUUGAUGAACAAGGUGUAUUAAUUGAUCAAAUUGAUUGUUUUCAUGAGCCAUUGCAUAAUAUUGCUUUGAUUGCACGAUUUCUACCAUUGAUUGGUAUCAAUAUUGUUCGAGAUCGUAUUCAAGAUAUGUGGAUUCAAGUAAAUGAUAAAAAUGGUUCAUGA